AGUCUGCAGAGGGACCGGGCACGCUGGCUGGGCUCAGCCGCGGCACCAGCUGCCGCACCGCGAUUCUGGGGCUGCCCGCCUGUAAACCAUGCCGGAUUUGUGCUGAUUUUCGUAGCCAAGAGCCACCACCCCGACCAUGUAGAUGCCACCUCCAGGAGCAGCAUGGGCCCCGCUGAAUGGAGACUACUGGGUCUAGAGCCCUGAGCCCCUCCGGCCCCUGGACUUCACCCUGCACCCAGGAACACCCCUUGGAGUUCACCACCGCUGUUGCCAGCCCACCUCCGCCGCCCCCUCCCCCUGGAACCCGGAGUCGGCCACCGGGAGCCGCAGCCAUCCAGUGAGGUUGUGCUGAGGACAGCCACACAGAGCCAUCACCCGGCAGCCUCUGGUCCAGCGCUGACCCUCGGGCCCGCCCCGAGCAGGGACUGUGGCAAACAUGGGUGACAUGACCAACAGCGACUUUUACUCCAAAAACCAAAGAAACGAGUCGAGCCAUGGGGGCGAGUUCGGGUGCACGCUGGAAGAGCUCCGCUCCCUCAUGGAGCUGCGGAGCACCGAGGCUGUGGUCAAGAUCAAGGAGACUUACGGGGACACUGAAGCCAUCUGCCGGCGCCUCAAAACCUCUCCUGUCGAAGGUUUGCCAGGUACUGCUCCAGACCUGGAAAAGAGAAGGCAGAUUUUUGGACAAAACUUUAUACCUCCAAAGAAGCCAAAAACCUUCCUGCAGCUCGUGUGGGAAGCGCUGCAAGAUGUGACACUGAUCAUCCUGGAAAUCGCGGCCAUCAUCUCCUUGGGGCUCUCCUUCUACCACCCACCUGGCGAGGGCAACGAAGGGUGCGCCGCAGCCCAGGCCGGGGCAGAGGAUGAAGGGGAGGCAGAAGCAGGCUGGAUCGAGGGGGCUGCCAUCCUCCUCUCAGUCAUCUGUGUGGUUCUGGUCACGGCCUUCAAUGACUGGAGCAAAGAGAAGCAGUUCCGGGGCCUGCAGAGCCGCAUCGAGCAGGAGCAGAAGUUCACCGUGGUCCGGGCGGGCCAGGUGGUCCAGAUCCCCGUGGCCGAGAUUGUGGUUGGGGACAUCGCCCAAAUCAAAUAUGGUGAUCUCCUCCCUGCCGACGGCCUCUUCAUCCAGGGCAACGACCUCAAGAUCGACGAAAGCUCCCUGACCGGGGAGUCUGACCAGGUGCGCAAGUCCGUGGACAAGGACCCCAUGCUGCUGUCAGGGACCCAUGUGAUGGAGGGCUCUGGACGGAUGGUGGUGACCGCGGUGGGUGUGAACUCUCAGACUGGCAUCAUCUUUACCCUGCUGGGGGCCGGCGGUGAGGAGGAAGAGAAGAAGGACAAGAAAGGUGUGAAGAAGGGGGAUGGCCUUCAGCUACCAGCGGCCGAUGGUGCGGCAGGUUCAAACGCUGCAGAUAGUGCAAACACCAGCCUAGUCAAUGGUAAAAUGCAGGAUGGCACUGUGGACGCCAGCCAGAGCAAAGCCAAACAGCAGGAUGGGGCAGCCGCCAUGGAGAUGCAGCCCCUCAAGAGUGCUGAGGGCGGCGACGCUGACGACAAGAAGAAGGCCAACAUGCACAAGAAGGAGAAGUCGGUGCUCCAGGGCAAGCUCACCAAGCUGGCUGUGCAGAUCGGCAAGGCGGGCCUGGUGAUGUCGGCCAUCACGGUGAUCAUCCUGGUGCUCUACUUCACCGUGGACACCUUUGUGGUGAACAAGAAGCCAUGGCUACCCGAGUGCACGCCCGUCUACGUGCAGUACUUUGUCAAGUUCUUCAUCAUUGGUGUGACGGUGCUGGUGGUGGCCGUGCCCGAGGGGCUCCCUCUGGCCGUCACCAUCUCGCUGGCCUACUCUGUGAAGAAAAUGAUGAAGGACAAUAACCUGGUACGCCACCUGGACGCCUGUGAGACCAUGGGCAAUGCCACAGCCAUCUGCUCAGACAAGACGGGCACGCUGACCACCAAUCGCAUGACAGUCGUGCAGGCCUACAUUGGUGAUGUCCACUACAAGGAGAUCCCCGACCCCAGCUCCAUCAACGCCAAGACCAUGGAGCUGCUGGUCCAUGCCAUUGCCAUCAACAGCGCCUACACCACCAAGAUUCUGCCCCCGGAGAAGGAGGGCGCACUGCCUCGGCAAGUGGGCAACAAGACUGAGUGCGGCCUGCUAGGCUUCGUGCUGGACCUGAAGCAGGACUACGAGGCCGUGCGCAUCCAGAUGCCAGAGGAGAAGCUGUACAAAGUGUACACGUUCAACUCUGUGCGCAAGUCCAUGAGCACAGUCAUCAAGCUGCCCGACGAGAGCUUCCGCAUGUACAGCAAGGGCGCAUCUGAGAUUGUGCUCAAGAAGUGCUGCAAAAUCCUCAGCGGGGCAGGUGAGCCCCGGGUCUUCCGGCCCCGUGACCGAGACGAGAUGGUGAAGAAGGUGAUUGAGCCCAUGGCCUGUGACGGGCUCCGCACUAUCUGUGUGGCCUAUCGCGACUUCCCCAGCAGCCCCGAGCCUGACUGGGAUAAUGAGAAUGACAUCCUGAACGAUCUCAUCUGCAUCUGCGUGGUGGGCAUUGAAGACCCCGUGCGGCCUGAGGUCCCAGAAGCCAUCCGGAAGUGCCAGCGGGCAGGCAUCACAGUCCGCAUGGUCACUGGCGACAAUAUCAACACAGCCCGGGCCAUUGCCAUCAAGUGUGGUAUCAUCCAUCCUGGGGAGGACUUUCUGUGCCUGGAGGGCAAGGAGUUCAACCAGAGGAUCCGCAACGAGAAGGGGGAGAUUGAGCAGGAGCGAAUCGACAAGAUCUGGCCAAAGCUGCGGGUGCUGGCUCGCUCCUCCCCCACGGACAAGCAUACCCUGGUCAAAGGCAUCAUCGACAGCACACACACCGAGCAGCGGCAGGUGGUGGCCGUGACCGGAGAUGGCACCAAUGAUGGGCCUGCACUCAAGAAGGCGGACGUGGGCUUCGCCAUGGGCAUCGCAGGCACAGAUGUGGCCAAGGAGGCCUCGGACAUCAUCCUGACGGACGACAACUUCAGCAGCAUCGUCAAGGCAGUGAUGUGGGGCCGCAACGUCUAUGACAGCAUCUCCAAGUUCCUGCAGUUCCAGCUGACAGUCAAUGUGGUGGCUGUGAUCGUGGCCUUCACGGGGGCCUGCAUCACGCAGGACUCCCCUCUGAAGGCCGUGCAGAUGCUCUGGGUGAACCUCAUCAUGGACACAUUCGCCUCACUGGCGCUGGCCACCGAGCCACCCACCGAGACCCUGCUUCUGAGGAAGCCUUACGGCCGCAACAAGCCCCUCAUCUCGCGGACCAUGAUGAAGAACAUCCUGGGCCACGCCGUCUACCAGCUCACCCUCAUCUUCACCCUGCUCUUUGUCGGUGAGAAGAUGUUCCAGAUCGACAGUGGGAGGAACGCGCCCCUGCACUCGCCGCCCUCGGAGCACUACACCAUCAUCUUCAACACCUUCGUCAUGAUGCAGCUCUUCAACGAGAUCAACGCCCGCAAGAUCCACGGCGAGCGCAACGUCUUUGAUGGCAUCUUCCGAAACCCCAUCUUCUGCACCAUCGUGCUGGGCACCUUUGCCAUCCAGAUAGUGAUCGUGCAGUUUGGGGGGAAGCCGUUUAGCUGCUCUCCGCUGCAGCUGGACCAGUGGUUGUGGUGCAUAUUCAUCGGCUUAGGGGAGCUCGUCUGGGGCCAGGUCAUCGCCACCAUUCCGACCAGCAGGCUCAAGUUCCUCAAGGAGGCAGGCAGGCUCACGCAGAAGGAGGAGAUUCCGGAGGAGGAGCUCAACGAGGACGUGGAGGAGAUAGACCACGCUGAGCGAGAGCUGCGGCGAGGCCAGAUCCUAUGGUUCCGAGGCCUGAAUCGGAUCCAGACGCAGAUUGAAGUAGUCAAUACUUUCAAGAGCGGGGCCUCCUUUCAGGGGGCCCUGCGGAGACAGUCCUCCGUCACCAGCCAGAGCCAGGACGUAGCCAAUCUCUCUAGCCCUAGUCACGUGUCGUUGUCCAAUGCUCUUUCCUCUCCGACCAGCCUUCCUCCUGCUGCAGCUGGGCGUGAAGGGCUAGAGAACCCUGGACACAGAGUUCAGCAAGAGAGAGUGAAAUUAAAAGAGAUCCGCGUCGUGAAGGCGUUUCGUAGCUCUCUCUAUGAAGGUCUAGAAAAGCCUGAGUCUCGAACCUCCAUCCAUAAUUUCAUGGCUCAUCCUGAAUUCCGGAUCGAAGAUUCACAGCCCCACAUCCCCCUCAUUGACGACACCGACCUGGAAGAAGAUGCUGCGCUCAAGCAGAACUCGAGCCCGCCGUCAUCGCUCAACAAGAACAACAGCGCCAUCGACAGCGGGAUCAACCUGACGACCGACACAAGCAAAUCAGCUACCUCUUCAAGUCCAGGGAGCCCCAUCCACAGCCUGGAGACGUCGCUUUAGCUGAGGACCCCACCGCCACCCACCUUCCCGGGCACCCACCCAUCCAGGCACCCAACUCACUCAAGCAGCAACGAGCAACAACAGGAAACCAAAUACUGGCGAGAAAACCAACGUUUCCACCCAACAGACCCUUUUUCUGGCUGCGAUGCUGUUUGAACUCUUUUUCACUUGGAGGCAAAGGGCGGGAUCUCCUCUGGGGGCUUAAGGGAAUGAGCGAUUUUCCCAGAACGAGCCCUUCCUGGCUCCCGCUCACACAUGGACCAGCCAUGCGCCCGCCCAGCCGCCAUGUCCCCUGCAUGAAUGUACUGCACACUUCCAGUCCUCCCCUUGUUUGGUUUUGGGGGGUUGGGGAGGGUUUUUUGUUUGUUUUCUUAGGCGGGAACUGCAAACAAGACUCUUUUCUGAGACUAUUUAUCCAAUCCACUGGUCUGUGAUUUUUUGAAAUGCUUGCAAAGCAUGGUCUCAGUUGUAUAGGUUAAUUUAACAACUUUUUGAAAUUGCAGAGCUUAACUCGCCUAGUAGAUUUGCACCAAUGGAACCGAAGAACUUCAUAGACACUCACAAGGUUAUAUCC